AUGUCUGCCGUGGAGAAGGUGAUGCUCUUCCAGCGAUGCGUCAUCACCGUGCUGCAGCCGCUUCUUGAUGGCAUGGAAAGCGCGUUCCGUCUCAGAGACCCUUUUGGUGAUUGGCAAACCGUGCGGCCCCUGCUCUAUGCCUGGGUGUGCAACUACCCUGAGAGCAGCAAGAUCAGUUGCACACUCUCGCAUGGAUCGCGGAUGCCGUGCAGCAUCUGCUAUGCUGCAAAGGAGCAUCUGGGGGCUGUCAAGGCACGGAACACGCCGCGCACGCCUGAACAGCAGCAAUGGAUCGUUAACGAGGCGGCUGGGACGAAAACUAGCCAGAACAACCCGUGCAAGACCUACUCUACCUACCCUGUUGAGCUAUCCAUUCUGACAAGUACAUUUCUCCUUCAUUCCAAACCGCAUCCCCAUUUCCAGUGCGUGCUCUGGAAGUGGGAUGUCCCAGGGACCGUGUGGGGCAAUCCCUACCUCGUUAUCAUGCCUGACAUCAUGCACCAGGCGGACCUGGGCAUCAUGAGCCACAUUGUGGCUGUCGUGCGCAAGAUGAAGAAGCGGCGUGUGAAGCAGAUGGACAGGUCAGUGCUUUGGGGAUUGGAUUCGUUGCUCUCGGUCAUGGUGUUUGUCUUUGCUGGCCUGCUUCGCCAGCCCCAGAUGGAUGCCGUUCGUGCCUAUCUUGGCUGGUACCUCCUGUGCUCCCAGCCACAGGGGCACACUGAGCGGUCCCUCCUGGAGCUGAAGAAGAUGACCUUCCGGUACUAA